AUGUCCAGCAGCAUGCUUGUAGCUCUUGCUGAAAAUUCCUCAAACUAUCCAGUCAUUAAGUGCUGGAACUUGAUUGAUCAACCUAAACUCGCUUAUCAUAAAGUCAUAGAGCACAACAGCGAUCCUCACCCUGUUUCUUCGUUUGCUAUUUCCGUCGACCUGUCCUUCUUAGCAAUUGGUCUCGCAAAUGGCAGCGUCAUUUUGUUGCGAAGAUUCAAGCAGGCAAUACAGCAGUUGGAACAAUUAAAGCCUUACAAUCUUAUCGUGGACGUUAAUGAGCCGAUAACGGGUCUUUUGUUUGGCUCAUCAGAGGACGUUCUGUUUAUAUCAACACCUUCUUGCGUGCUCGUCUCAAACAUUAAAACAAGGAGUAGUCGUACAGCUGCACCACUCGACGACUUAGGUUGUAGUUUAAAUUGUCUUCAACCAAGUCCAGUAGCUUCAGCGAGUUUGGUUUUAGCUAGAGAAGAGGCAUUAUAUCUUUAUGGAAUAGAAGGCAGGAGGGCGACGUAUGCAUUCGAAGGAGAAAAAUUGUUUCUACGGAGCUUUCAAAACUAUCUUGUGCUUUGCAUGAACAGCAAAGCUAGUGCAGACGCAAAUUCAAUCACUAUAAUUGAUCUUAACCUUAAAUUCGUAGCGUACAAAAAGGACCUACAUCAGGGCAUUAUUGACGUAGUCAAGUGCGACAAAACACUCUUUAUUAUUUGCAAUGACGGCAAGACGUAUUCCCUGAGCGAGAUCAGUAUUGAUGCCAAGUUGAAUUCACUUUACGCUAAGGGUUAUUAUUUGCUAGCAUUGGAUAUAGUCACAGAAAAGAAGUUGGCAAAGGAUGUCAUAAUGGAUGUCCAUAGACUUUACGGUGACCACUUAUACGAUAAAAGCGAUUUUCAUUCGGCAACACUAGAGUACUCCCAAGCAAUUGGAUUCGUCGAAUCUAGCAGUAUUAUUCGAAAGGCAAGUAGCAUUGCCCUAGCAUUCUGGUCCAUGCCUAAAAAUCUUCUAGAUGUUGACUGUUUAAAUGAUUUUAUCAAUCAGUCUGAUAGUAAUGAUGAAGUGAAAUUCGACCUUCAGACUGCUGUCAGAGUCUUGAGACAAGCAGGAUACGUACAGCAUGCUUUGCAGCUCAGUGCAAAGUAUCAUAGGCACGAAGACUUCCUAAAAAUACAGAUUGAAGAUAACAAUAACUGGGCAUUCGCAUUGUCUUAUCUCGAGGAGCUUCCUUCCAAAGAUGCUGAGAAGUACCUACAUCACUACGGGAGAUUGCUUUUGGAGAACAUGUGUGAGGAAACCACUUGCGUUUUGAUAGAUUUGUGUUGUGGCACGUACAAGCCUAAAUCCAUUGAUCAGAAGCUUAUUAAGAGGAAAAGUGGCUUAAAUUCAAUAGCCACCAACACGAUAAACUAUAUUGGAUACAACCCUAGUAAUCAUGGCUCACAAUUGUCAUCGGAGGAGGACGAAAAUGUUUACGUCCCCCCAUCCCCGCGCAAGUAUUUUUCUCAUUUCGUCAAAGUCCCGAAACAGUUAAUCAAAUUCAUUGAAGCUAUUUUGAAAUCUAGGGUGGGGAUAGAAAUUGAUACAACUAGCAUCAAAACAUGUGAUCAGCCAACGUUGUCUAAACCAAUCAAUCACAAUGAUGCUUCAUCUUUGAUGACGACAUUGUUAGAGGUAUAUCUAAAAGUAGCGAAAAAUGCAGAAAAUGGGAAGAUGCGUGAAGACUUACGCUCAAAGUCACUCACUAUGAUCGAGAAUCACGAUAAGAUACCCAUUGACUUGAAUCACGCGUUAAUGACAUGCACAUUAGAAGACUAUGAUGAGGGAAAGCUGAAGAUUUGGUGUAUAUUAGGGCUAUACGAAGAAGUAAUUUAUCAUUACAUCGAGUUGUGUAAAUACUCUGAUGUCAAAGGUAUAGGAGAAGAGAUGAUCGAGCAAGUAAUCACGUCCAUCCAUCUGUACGGAAGGUUUGUUCCUCACAUGUACGUGGUUGUACUGAAAUUCUUGGUUGAUCGAAUCGAGAGUGACAGCAAGAGACUGUCAGACAUACAAAAUCUUUUGAAUGAAAUAGAUAACGUAAAAGUAGAAUUGAACAAAAAUGGGCAUGUGGACGAGUCGAUCAAGCUACCGGAGUAUAGUGAGGUAAUUGAGAUAAUCAGUAAAGCAGGUGUACAGAUCGGAGCAAUCAAGGAAUGGAUUAUAAGAAAAGUUAGUGACGACGAAGAAAAGAGCAGACUCGACGAGCUGCUGUUUCUCACGUAUCGAGAGGAAAGUAAAAAGAAAGAGAACAAGCUGAAUGGAUUGAGUGACAAGGCGCAGUCAUUCCAAAACACAAGGUGUGCUUCUACAGGGGAGAGACUGGAGCUACCUGCAAUACACUUUGCGUGCGGGCACUCGUACAAUGCGACGUCAUUAGCAGACAAUGAAAGCGAAUGUCCAUUGUGCGCGCGCAGUCAUGGGUUCAACUACAAGCAAGUAUCUCAAAACAAGACUGCGCUGGUCACCCACUCCAAUAAAGACAUCAACGUACUCAACCCUUCAGACGGCAAACUACUCAACAGAAUAAACUUUGAUAAUCUAAUUUCUUAUAAGUUUGAUCAAGACGUUUUGGCUAGUUUGGAUUCUCAACACACGCUAAGACUGUUUGAUGGACACAGCUUGCAUGAAUUUUGGAACAAAACAUUGGCAGCUUCGAGUGACUUCCAGGUAGAUUUUACAAAGGAUGACAAACACUCCAUCCUGGUCCUUGAUAACAAUCAUCUGAGAUGCUUCAAUAUUCUAUCCGCAGAUCUACUUUGGGAGCUCCAAGUACAUGACAAUUACCGUCUACAGUCUCAAUCAAAUUUCAUCUACUUAUACAACAGCAACGAAAUUAUGUCUUUGGAUCCCAGUUCGGGUGAUACAAUGUCUAAGGCGAAAUUGGAGGAUCACCUUAGCACUCAGUUCACCCGAGACUACUUAAUAUUGCUAAACAAACACUCUAGGCUUUCUAUCAUUGAUCUUAAAUCUUUGAAACCUAUCACGUCAUCAAAAAAGUCCUUUAAAACUCUCGUUGAUUUGAAUCUGUCAUCCAAGAAUAUCUUCAGUGCUGUCUAUCAAGACGAUCUUUUGGUUUACACUAUCGAAAUGGGUGUUCUCAAUCAACUACAUGCCUUCAAGUAUGAUCCCACUUUGACAUACUUUAAUGGUUAUCUAGAUAAGCACAAUAGAGCAUUUAUAGUACAGACUUCACCCGCAAAUGCACUACGAGCCUUAACCGUCAACAUCUUUACACCAGACGGUCCCGACGGCAAGUUGGAAAGCUCAUACACAUUGCCUUUUGAUCAGACAAAGCGCGGCACACCUAUACAGAUUAUCAGUGAAGCAACUUUAGCAAACAACUACAGCUCAGUGGCUAGAAUGGCUUUGAUUACGACAUCCGGGACAAUGGAACUAUAUCAAGGCCUACAAAUAAAAUGGGUGAAGGAAUUAGGCUUAUCAGAUCCACUGUCGUUGACUAUGGUUGAUUUACCAGAAAAAGAUGAACCAAUGACUUCAAUUGACAAUAACCAACUGUACUCCUUUAUCCCAAGAAUCCUGAGUCAUUUCCACAACAUCAAAUACUUUCCCAGAUAUAUUGUCAAUUUCGGUUCCAGAUUUUUAACAGGAGACAGGCACAGAGAUUCAACUUCGUUAGUUAGAGAUUUAUUCGGAUACAGAAAAAUAGUGAUUGUUGGCACAAAACAAGGUAAAUUAAUAGGAUUGGAUAGUGCCAAUCCGAACAAGACACUUUGGAGUAGAAAUUUUGGCUCAAACACGAGAGUAACACAUUUGAUAAACACACGCUCAGCUGGUAUUAAUGAUGCAGCUCACGUCUUAGCAUUGGUUGAAUACCUAGAAAUUAAUGGGAAAUUGAAAACCCUCGCAAUUGAGGUCGAUGCUUUGGGUGGACCGGCUUUAACGGGCUCUGGCAGUGUUGCUUAUUUGUCUUUAAUGGAAAGCAGACCGAUCAAAAUCAUACCACUUGAUAUAGAGUGUGGUAGCUCUGGUAACAGAGCAAUAGCAUUGAUAGAUGAAGAACUGGGUAUACAUUUAUAUCCAUUUUGCAAGACUGUCAGAGAUAAAUUCGAUUCAAUAUCCAAUGACUUUUAUUACACGUUACAAGUAUCUGAGGAUAAAGUAAAUGGAUACAAACCAAUGAUGAACUAUGAAGAUAUAGAGUCAAAUCAAAUCUGGUCAUUUUUUGCACCAGAAAACCAAGCUAUUGUCGGUGUUCAAGAACGUAUAAACAGUGCAACUGCAUCGGUAGCACAGAUUGGGCCCAAUAGAGAAGCAAUUGAAAAAUACUUGAACCCGCAUGCUGUACUAAUUACUACGGUAAUUGCAGAUACAUCUAUGAAGCAGCUAUAUGUCGUAGAUGGUGUGACAGGACAAGUCGAGAGAGAGUACACAAUAGAGGAUGAGAGCGAAGAAGAAAAUAGCGUUUUUAUUGACAAUAGAAUAAUCACAGUUGCCAGAACAAUGGACAUGAGUACAAUAGUUCAUUCCAAAGAAUUGUUUGUCAAUGUCGAAGACUUGAAACAUGAAUAUCUGUAUUCACCGAACACGAUCAAAGCUAUAAGUCCAACAGUAACAAGGAAUGGUAUUACACACAAGGAUUUGAUUAUAGCUAACGAUAAUGAUGAUAUAAUCUCGAUACCUAGGUUAUACUUGGAUCCUAACACACCUAAGCAAAUGCACAUUAACAAGUUGGCUGCAAUCAGCAAAGGCAAGAAGAACAAUAGCCAAUUCGACAUGGUCAUAAAUAGUGAUUUGGCCAAGAUACCAAAUGACCCAAAAGCAAUACUAAAUGAAGAUCCAGUCAUCGGUGUCAAAGACAUUCAAUGCGUACCAUCGACGCAAUUAGAGUCCACUUCGAUUUGUGUUGCUUACGGACAAGAUAUCUUCAUGUUUAGAGUCUCACCAUCCAGACAGUUCGAUGUAUUGAGUGAAAGUUUCAACAAAAUACAAUUAGCUAUUACGAUUUUGGCGUUGUCUAUUGGUCUUAUCAUAGUCAAACCGAUAGUGAAAGCGAAACAAUUAGACGCAAAGUGGUUUUAA